AUGCGCGCUCAUGACAUUGGCGGGCAAAGCGCGGUCGAUUCAGCGCAACCCAAUGCGGCCGAUCGCCCUCUCCGCGCUCGCUUCCUCGACGACAUUCUCGCAGAUAUAAGCACACACCAGUCUGGCUCCAACGCGGGGACCAGCAGCAGCGCAGGAAGCACUGUGAGCGACGCUGGACUCGUCGCGACGUCGUUUCAGGCCAUGCUGCUAUCCGCGCCCGUGCUCGCAGGCCUGAGCGCUGCGGGAUUCACUCGCCCUUCACUUGUCCAAGCGCAUGCCAUUCCGAUCGGGAAAACCGGUGCAGAUCUGAUCGUCCAAGCAAAGAAUGGCACAGGCAAGACAUGCGUAUUCAGCGUACUUGCACUAGAAGCAGUCGAUACAAGCAUUGCUGGCCCACAAGUAAUGAUUGUAGCUCCAACGCGCGAGGUCGCCGUUCAAAUUCGCGACGUAGUCAAGUCAAUCGGCGAGAAAAUGAAGCCACCACUGCAAUGCAAUGUCUUUAUCGGUGGUACGGCUAGUGCGGCCGACAAGCCGAGUGCACGAGUCAGUCAUAUCGUAGUGGGAACACCAGGACGCCUCAUGGGCUUGAUCACGGCCAAGUGGCUCCCAACACAAGGCAUUAAAAUGUUUGUCAUGGACGAGGCAGAUCGACUGCUACAAGAGCCGUGCCUGCCGCACGUCAACACCAUCUUUUCAGGGCUGCCGAAAUCCAAGCAAGUGCUCGCUUUGUCUGCCACAUUAGACGAAAGCCUUGUUCGCCAGCUCGAAUCCCACAUGACCAAUCCAAAGCAAGUUCGCAUUACUCCCGAGCGCCCGACAUUGGCUGGAAUAUCCCAGUACAAGCGUGUUGUCGUCUGCGAGAGCCUCUUGCCAGCGCAGCAAACAGAGAGCAAGGUUACCGCGCUCCUAGAAAUACUUUCCAAAGUCCAGUUUCAUCAAUGCGUUGUGUUUUGCGGGUCACGCUCAAGCGCCGACAAUCUGGCUGCUCGACUCUGUGAUGAGCAGUGGCCAGCGACUUUUAUUUCAGGCGAUCAAGACCAGGCUCAGCGGUUGCACGUCAUGCAGUUGCUGCGCUCGUUCCGAUUGAGAGUUCUCGUUUCGACUGAUCUUAUUGCUCGUGGCAUCGAUGUCGAUCGCAUCAAUCUUGUCAUAAACUUUGAUCUUCCUCGAGAUCCAGAGACGUAUCUCCAUCGUAUCGGACGAACAGGACGAUUUGGUACUUAUGGAAUCGCCAUCACACUUCUCCUGGCAUCCGAGCUCGACCAGCUCAACGACUUUGCUUCCAGUUUGCAUGCGCAGAUUUCUGAUCUUCCAGAAACCAUGCCAAAUACUUUGCAUCACUUUGAUCUGGGAGAAACCGAAAAGAUUGCGGAAACCAAGUUGGCCAACCUCACUAGCGAGGAGCGCUCAACCCUAUACACGGAGGCUGCCAUUCGUCCCAAACCUGCCAAGCAUUCAAACCCACCACCCCUUCGUGGCACUUACUCGAAGCAUCGUCAAGCCGCAAACCAUCACCACCGGCACGUAUUCUUCAGAGCCAUCGUCCGACCACUCAAUCGAAUCCUCGCCCAGACGCGGCACCUACACGACUGGACGAGUGUCGGCGUUCGCACGGCUUGCGCCGGAUAA